AUGGCGACAGCGAGUGAGAGCGGGGAGCAGGGGGAUCAGACGGUGCCCGACGGGGAUGAAGAGUCGAACGGCGUCAAAGCCAUCCAGUCCCAUUACCUGCGCUGUCCGUCCCCCAGCAAUUUCUCCAUGAUAUCAGAGUCCAGGUUUUCCAUGAUCUCAGGCUCAGAUGCCGAGAGCAUCUUCAUGGAGCCGAUCCACCUAUCAUCUGCCAUCGCUGCAAAGCAGAUUAUCAACGAGGAGCUGCCGCCCCGUGCCGUGCGGGCCGAGUCCAUCCCGGAGUCCAUGCUGGAAAGCGCCGAGCAGCUGAUGGUGGAGGACCUGUACAACCGGGUCAGGGACAUGAUUGACGACCGCAGCCCCUACAACACCCCCUGCGUACUGGACAUCCAGAGGUCCCUGGUGCAGGACCGCGUGGAGGCUCCCAUCAACCCCGUGGACGAGGUGUGGCCCAGCAUCUUCAUCGCUGAGAAAUCUGUUGCGGUCAACAAGGCUCGUCUGAAACGUAUGGGCAUCACCCAUAUUCUCAACGCUGGCCAUGGCACCGGCGUUUACACAAGCCAGUCCUUCUACGCCGGCAUGAACAUCCAGUACAUGGGCAUCGAGGUGGAUGACUUCCCCAGUGCCGACAUCUCCCCUCACUUCCGGACGACCGCUGAAUUCCUGGACGAGGCCUUAUUAACGCACAGAGGCAAGGUGCUUGUGGUUUCCAUGAUGGGUGUGAGUCGCUCUGCUGUCCUGGUGGCGUCCUACCUCAUGAUCUUCCAGCACAUGACUAUCAUGGAGGCCCUGACCGCCCUGAGGAAAAAACGUGCCAUCAACCCGAACGAAGGCUUCCUGAAGCAGCUGCGCGAGUUCAACGAGACUCUGAUGGAGGAGCGUGACGACGAUGACGAAACGCUUAGCCAGUGCUCCGUUAUUGAUGCACGCGCUCGUGCUCGCAUAUUUGGUGAGGGCGGUGAUGAUGAUGAUGAUGAAGAGACUGAUGAAGAAGAAGAGCAAAGUAUGAUAGGAGUGAAAGCACACUCUAUAAUGAUGGAGGAGGAGGAGGAUGGCGCCAGCGUGAUGAGCAGCGUGGCCUCCUCUGCAGCCGCUGCAGCGCUAGAAAUGGGUUGAUUGGAACACAGAAUGGAAGAGCUUGUUUUACCCAAGAUAGAAGGUGAGGCAGAUAGGGAAGAUGACGAUGGGGUAGACAGCAUGGUCCGUGAGUGGCAGAGGAGGAAUGAGAAAUACCAGAGCGAAGAGUGGUGGGAGGCGCAGCUGAACAGUGAUGGAGAGGAUAUGGAAUCACUCCUCGGGGGCCGGCCAAAGAAGGGCGGAGAAGAUGGAGACGCUGAUCUGGAGAGUGUCACCAGCGAGGAUGUACGUGCUGUGAAAGAACGAGUGAAACGGCGUAACAGGCGACCGCCCUCCGAUGCCAUGUCCACCUCCAGCUGCACAAGCUAUUCGGAUCUUUGGAAACAGCGCCUUAGGGAGAUCGAGGAACAAGCCGCUGCUCGCUACCGUAAGACAGAUGAUGAUGAAGGAAGCGAGAGCACCGCCACGGAAGGAGGAGGAAAGACAAAGAUUGAUGAUGAGGUGGAGAGCAUUCUCUCCGACACCAGCUCCAUGUACAACUUCUGCCAGAAGAACAAAGAGAAGCUUACACCUCUGGAGCGUUGGCGCAUCAAGAGGAUCCAGUUUGGCUGGAACAAGAAAGAUGGAGAGGAUGGGGAAAAAAGCUCUGUUGCAGGAGAGAAGGCAGACGGCGAGGGAGAAGCUCAGACACCGCCCUUGCAAGAUGUCAACCUGACAGCCUACCAAUCCUGGAAGCUGAAGCAGCAGAGACGUUAUGGGGAAGAGAACAAGGAUGAGAUAGAACUGAGCCGGGGAGAGGACUCUGCCACAGCCAAAGGAGGCAGAGGACGUGAGGAGGUUCUGGAGCGGUCAAGGAAAAAUUUAGAAGAAAGUCAGUCGAUGUGUGGCUGGGAGACAGAGAGCUCCAUCAGUGGAGGCACCAUACCGCUUUCUGCCUUCUGGGCUGGAGCUGGAGUCACAGGCCCGCCGAGUGUUGCCAAUGAUGACAACAUGUCCAUGCUCAGCGGCAGGUCGUCUGUCAUAUCUUCUGUAUCACAGGCUCGCAGUACCAGAUCAGCACAAUCUACAGCCCCAUCACUUCCUUUCCCUCCCGUUCCUCCCAUGGUCCCAGUGCCUACAGUCCAAGGCCCCGGAGGUGAACCCAUGGUCAACUUAACCAGCAUCCAGAACUGGAUCGCUAAUGUUGUCUCUGAAACGAUCAUGCAUAAACAGGCCGAGAUGAGCCUGCCCCCUCCUUCACGUGCAGGAUCAGUACUUAGCUUUGGUGGUGCCUCGAGCGUGGUUUCAGGACGGGGUGCUGACGAUGACAAAGCAUCAAUGCUGAGUGGAGCUUCGUACUCCAGUAGGCUAUCUCAAGGUCGUGGCAGGACAGAGUCAGUUCUCUCAGGUGCUGCGUCAUCCAGUCUCUCAGGCCUCACUGGAAGAGGCUCUGAAUUAGGCUCCAGCCUUGCCUCCAGGAAAAACAAAAUUACCACCACUAGUGUUCCCCUCUACAGCCUGUUCCAGGACCAGGUCGACAUGCGCAAACUGGACUCAAUGGACAAGGAGAUCAAGUCUGAGAUGCGGGACAAGAUGGCUACCUAUGAAAAGAAGAAGAUCCUGGAGGACAACAAGCGCAGCACUCUCUACAAGAAGAAGAAACCAAAGGAGGACGAAGACGAAGAAGAGGAGGAGAAGAAGAGGAAAGAGGAGGAAUUUCUUGAGGAGAAAAAGAAAAAAGAAAAACCGACAAGGACCUUUGGCCUCUCUGGGUGCUUGAAUCUCAACACAGCUCUGGAGAAAAAUAAGAACACCAGCAUUGACGACUGGCUGAAAAGUGUCAGGCCCCCACCGAGGAAAUCGGACUCCUCUUUGAAUGCAGAUGGAACAGACGCCGGCCCGUCAGUGGAUCCCUACGAUGAUCUUGAUGCCUCUGCUUCUGAAUUUGACUUCUCAAGCCGGAGGGCCUCCUGUGCUGAGGAAGAAGAAGAGGGCUAUGGCAUUACAUCCAGAUACAGGUCAAGGUUUUGUGAGGACUCAGAUUCACCAAGUGGAGACACCAGCCCAGAGCACAUUUACCGGGGUGCAAGAUCCCCAUUAGAUACAGAAUUUGCUUCAAACGGAUUCACGCAAUCCCACAGCUACAACCGGGCAGGGAGGUUGCAUGCAGCUUAUGAAGAGAGCGAUGAGGGGACGGAGAGCUACCACGACUUCUCUGCUAAGAGAAAGUUCACUCAUCGAUAUGAAAGCAGUGAGACAGAGGGGAGAAGGAGUAGGAGAGAGGAAACAGACGAGGAGGAGGAUGAUGUUGCUGCCUUCAUCGCUCAAACCAGGCAGAGGAUCAGAGCUCGGGCUGCUGCAGAGGCUGAAGAUGACGAGGUGCUCACCGCCUGGAGGGCGCAACUGGAGUCAAAGUCACAGAAUAGAAGUGAAUCUUAA